AUGGCGGAGGCGGUUGCGGUGCUGCGCGCGAAGAAGCAGGCGGAGGGGAGGGAGGUGGCGGAGGAGGAUGUUGGCGAGGCGUCGUUUUCGCGGUCGAAGAGUUUGCUGGACGACAAUUUCGAGGCGUACGAGGCGGCCAACUACCGCAUGUGGGUUCGAUCCAAAUCCGAUAAUCAACCCAGCCGCAAGUCCACGGGGUCUCGUAGACGCAAGCAGCACAGUCUAGAUUUCCUCGAUAGCCAGGGCAGGUUCACGCCGCAAAAUGCGGAGCUCAUGGCGCGACUCGCGUCAAGCUCGUCUCCCAGUCCGCUCGUUUCCGUCAACGAAGACCGGGAGGGGCAAGGUGACGACGGCAAUGAGGUUUACGGGGUGAUCCGCGCGGAGGGCGGAGCGGAGAGGUUGGCGGAGGAAGGGAGAUCCGGCGGAGAGGGUUUGGGGUCCGAGGGAGCGCGGGACAGCAGCGGCAACAGCAGCAGCGGCAGCAGCCAUGGGAGCGCGGCAGACGACGACAGAGGGCUGCGCGGCUUCUUGCGGCAAUGCCGUCCGCGGAGCAGCCACGCAAACCACACGCGCGCCGACGAGAGCAGCGCCGAUGGCGCGGACGGCGGAGAGGGCGGGGAGGGGAAGGCGACCGCGGCGGGGGGUCCGCUGAAGCGCAGCUUGACGGAGGAUGCGACGGGGGAGACCAUGGCGCGGAGCAUGUGCGCGGCGGGCUCGUUGAAGGGCCUCACGGGGGGGGCGAGCUUGUCACAAUCGACGAGGGACGUUCUGCAGGACGCGGAGAUGGACGAGAUGGACGGAGAGGUGCUGCAAGAGGCAUUUUCGCGUGUGGUGGGGCUGCAGCAGCGCGUGCAGCACUACCGCGACCUGGGCGGGUUCGUGGUGCUCAUGGCGCUCUUCAUCACCAUCCUCUACCUCCAGGCCGACUCCUCCAGAAGCUACGAAAUCACCGCCGCGCAUGCCGUGCUCUUCCCGCCCGUAUGCUCCCCCAUUUCCCCACUCCGUCCUCUUUCCCUCCGUAUUCCCCCCCCCCUCCUUCCCCUUUCGUCCUCUUCCCCACCGUAUGCUCCCACCUUAACCCGACUCCGUGCCCUUCAACGCCGUAUGCUUCCCCCCUACCCUCCACACUCCCCUACGCUCUCCUCCUCUCCUCUGUCCUCUUCCCGCCUGGCUCCUCCUCCCAUCCAUGCUCUGUCGGUCCCCCCGCCGCAGGCUACCCGCGUCAACGAUCCCCGCUUUCAUCUGUGCCCACAUACACACCUCUACCCCGCAUGCGUCACACUUCCGCUGCGCCACUGCCUAGCACCCCUCGCCGCCUCGUCGCUCACUCGCCUCUUCUCACCCUCCACCCUGCGUGCGUCUCUCCCCACCACGAGAGCAGGGCAUGCAGACCCAGCAUGUGGCACCGGCUCGUGCGACCGCCCCUUCCAGUACCCCGCGUUUGGCCGCUUUGGCUGCCAGGCGGACUGCGGCAUCUUCCCCAACCUCACCUCCAUCGUUAUUAGGCUCUCCUCUCAGCUCGACACACAGCAGGCCGUUGACGAAUCUUCCUGGAACCUCUGCAUGGUUGACCCCGUCUCCCUCUGCUGGUACGAAACGUUCCAGCCGUUUCCACUCGGCACGACAGACGUGUCAGUAGCGUUGGACAUUCCGGACGGCGACUGGGUGGUGGUGCUCAACGCGCCCGCGGGGGGCAUCCGCGGCACCGUGCACGCGCCCCCUCCCGGCACACAGCGCAUCAACAUCGUUGGUGCUGCCUCCACCCUCGAGCUCGCCGCAUGGGGCUACUGCGAGCAUGACGAUGACGUGGAUGCAGCCAAUCAGGCGCAGCCCAGUGGCGGCUCUGCUGCUGCUGCACCUGAUGUCUGUCGUGAUACGUGUGUAAGGCUGGUGGCCUGCCUGCCAGCAACCUGUGGGCGAGCAUUCACGGAGAGGGAGGUGGCAGGGGCGUUCGUGGACUGUGCGCGCAUGUGCAUCGUCUCACCCUCCUCCAUCACCACCUACGCCGAUACCACGUGCCGCAUGCCUGAGAUCGCAACACUCUUCUCCAACAUCCCCUGCAACGUUUCAGCAGUCAACUCCACGGGACACCUCUCUCGUUUUGCCCGCCGAAAGGCCCAGGCACAACACCGCCGCCUGCACCCACACCGCCGCCUGCACCCACACCGCUACAGUGAUUGGACCUCCUCGGCCUUGCCAGCUGACGCCCCUCCUGUGUUUGCCUUGCUUGCUUCUUCUGCUGCCUCUGCUGAUGCCGCUCCUGCGGCUCUGCCCGCCCCGCCAGUGCAAGGCGCACCAGGAGCAGCAGUUGCAGCCCUGCCACCGCCAGCAGCAGCAGCAGCAGCAGCA